UCCCAAAAUAACACUUGGAACAGAGAACAAGAAUAUCACAUAUGGACCGAGUAAUGAGCGGGACUGCCAAUGUGAUUGGACAAUACCAACAAGUAUGGAGACAGAUCAUGAAACUGCAGUUCUUCUGUUGUUACAAAAUGUUUCAUUGCCAAUGACAACUGGUAGUGGAAGUAGAGACUGCUCAGGAGAAAUCAGAUUUCCAGGUGCUAGUGGACACAGAUGUGAUUUUGCAAACAACCAGUGUAUUGUUUUUACAACUGAAUCAACCAUUUGUAACAUGAACAUAAUCAGAGAGAAAAUUCCAGUUGCAAAUCACACCUGUGAUUCAAUCAUUCCAUGGAAUAAUGCUGGAGGAAGUCCAUAUAAUGUACAAUACUAUUCCAGAGGCUAUGUUGGUUACACAAAAUACUUCACAAUACAAUAUCUUGUGGUAGAUUGUAGAUCUUCAGCAACAACUUUUAAACAAACAACAGGAAAUGGAUGGGAAACAACAACAAAGAAUCCAAUAGAAAUUUCGACAACAGAAAAAACUGAACGGACUACAAAAAACAAAAUUACCGAAGCUGAGCAGCGAACAACACAAUCUGAUUCCGGCAUAACUAAUUCUCAUUCCAUAUGUGAUUUGGACAAAAACAUCACCAUCACAACGGGAAUCAAUGGAAGUUCUGAUUCACUGAUGAUCGCAAUUCCAGUUUCAGGAAUAGUUGGUUUUAUCUUUGGAGCUUUGUCAAUGUCUUUCAUACAAAGGUAUUGCAACAAGAACAAGAAGAAAUUGAAGAACAAAGAUUCAAUGGAAAUGGGAAGCAUUCAACAUCCAGAGCCAACUGUCCAUAAACGAACAACAUAUGAAAACUACACACCAACAUCAGAUGAAAGUGGAUAUGAAGUUCCGAAUCAAGUUGAUAAUAAGAAUGAACAAAGUGGAUAUGAAGUUCCGAAUCAAGUUGAUAACAAGAAUGAACAAAGUGGAUAUGAAGUUCCGAAUCAAGUUAAUAAUAAGAAUGAACAAAGUGGAUAUGAAGUUCCGAUUCAGGUUGAUAACAAAAAUGAACAACAAUACGAAGUUAUGACAACUGGAAAAGAAUAUGAAUAUGAGAAUUAACAGCUCGGACAGAUCCUUUUCCCAGUCACAAAACUUUGCCACAGAAAUUUUGAAACAUAAAUUUUGGCAAAAAUUUGAACUAAACUUUGAUCAGCCCUACUGAAUAAUUUAGAAGUUGUUUACAUCUGUAAAAUAUUCAUUUACAACAUU